AUGCUGCGCACCAUUCUCCCCAGCGUCCCCCGGCGGACCCUGACUGCACGGCUAACCUCCGCCUUGUCUUCCGGAUCAGCUAGGGCGCACGCCGUUCGCUCCCUAUCUACAACUGCGGUCACCAGAAUGUCUUCUCUCCCACCAGCAAACCCACCACUGACCACGACGUCAGCUUUUGAGGCCUACCAGCUCUUGCCCGAGGCGCAAAAGGCCGGAGCGGCCGAAGAUGCCUUAUUCGAAGCUCAAGUCAAGGAGGUUGAAGCCUGGUGGGCUUCUUCCCGUUUUGAGGGCAUCAAGCGCGACUGGACAGCCGCCGAUGUCGUGAGCAAGCGCGGCUCCCUCCAGCAAAACUACCCCAGCUCCGUCAUGGCGCGCAAGCUAUGGAACCUCGUCCGUGAGCGCGAAGCUGCUGGCAAGCCCAUCCACACACUGGGCGCCAUCGACCCUAUCCAGAUGACACAACAAGCGCCGCAUCAGGAGGUCCUCUACAUCUCUGGCUGGGCCUGCUCCUCGCUCUUGACGACCACCAACGAGGUUUCCCCUGACUUUGGCGACUACCCUUACAACACGGUUCCCAACCAGGUCCAGCGCCUGUUCAAGGCGCAAAGCAUGCACGACCGCAAGCACUGGUUCCUGCGCUCCAAGAUGAGCCCCGAGGAGCGCGCAAAGACCCCUUACACCGACUACCUCCGCCCCAUUAUUGCCGAUGGCGAUACCGGUCACGGUGGUUUGACCGCCGUCAUGAAGCUGGCCAAGCUCUUUGCUGAGAACGGCGCGGCGGCGGUGCACUUUGAGGACCAGAUGCACGGCGGUAAGAAGUGCGGGCAUUUGGCUGGCAAGGUUCUCGUCCCAACGAGCGAGCACAUCAACCGCCUCAAGGCUGCCCGGUUCCAGUGGGAUGUCAUGGGAACUGAAAACUUGGUGAUCGCCCGUACCGACUCGGAGAGCGGCAAGCUUAUUUCGUCAUCUAUUGAUGUCCGUGAUCACGAGUUCAUCCUCGGUGUUGCGGACCCCUCUGUUGGGUCUCUUGCCGAAACGCUGGCUUCGAUGGAAGCAAAGGGUGCCUCUGGUUCAGAGAUUGACGCCUUUGAGGCCCAGUGGGUCAAGUCAACCAAGCUGGUCACCUUUGACGAGGCUGCCGUUGCCCACUUUGAGAAGCAUGGCGUGCCCCAGGAGAAAAUUGCAGGGUACCAGUCUGCCGUCAAGGCUGACAGGGACAUGGGCAUUUCUGAGCGCCGCAAGCUUGCCUCGUCGAUUACCACUGAUGCCCCUGUGUACUGGGACUGGGAUGUCCCCCGCACCCGUGAGGGCUUCUACCACUUCCGCAACGGCAUGAACGCUGCUACCAAGCGUGCGUUGGCUUUUGGUCCCUAUGCCGACCUUCUCUGGGUUGAGACUGGUGACCCGAAUGUGCAGGUGGCUAAGGAUCUUGGUCAGGCUGUCAGGUCGGUCUACCCUGGCAAGGGGCUGGUGUAUAACCUCAGCCCCUCGUUCAACUGGAUGGCGCAUGGGUUUACCCCCGAGACGCUCAGAAGCUUCAUCUGGGAUAUUGCCAAGGAGGGGUUUGUCCUUCAGCUUGUCAGCUUGGCUGGUCUGCACAGCACCGCGACAAUCAGCAAUGAGCUGGCCAAGAAGUUCAAGGAGGAUGGCAUGGCUGCUUAUGUGGAGCUUGUUCAGAGAAGGGAGAAGGAGUUGGGUGUUGAUGUUUUGACACACCAAAAAUGGAGCGGUGCUAGCUACGUUGAUGCUGUGUUGGGCCAUAUUCAGAGUGGCAGCUCAGGGAGUAAGAGUAUGGGUGAGGGGAAUACGGAGGGGCAGUUUGAGUAG